GUAGAUAUCCCAGACUUAGUCGGGAGCCCAGUGUGGUGACUUCCUGGUUUGAUUGUUUUUCGUCAGAAUUUGAAAACGCAUUUUGUCAGACUUUACUCCACGAACCCAAUACACAGUUCAGUUAUCGGAUUCUUUCGUUAUUUCUUUUUUAUUUUCUUUCUUAUUAUUGGCUAAAAGAGAGGAUAACCGUUAACGUUGGUCACGAUCAAAAUUGGCUAGUAGGCUAACGCUAACGGUAAGGCUGUGCUGUGCUGUGCUGUACUCACGCCAUGUCCGCCUCGGCUGGAUGCUCCCCGGCGGGCCAUAGCUCGGGCCCGGGCCCCGGAAUUACCAUAUUUCGUUGGCUAGAAGUGCUGGAGAAAGAAUUUGACAAGGCAUUUGUGGACGUGGAUCUCCUGCUCGGAGAAAUAGACCCAGAUCAGGUCGACAUUACGUAUGAGGGUCGACAGAAGAUGACCAGCCUCAGCUCCUGUUUUGCUCAGCUGUGUCAUAAAACCCAGACGGUCUUCCAACUCAACCACAAACUAGAGGCUCAGCUGGUUGACCUGCGUUCUGAGCUGACUGAGGCCAAAGCAGAGCGGGCGGUGGUAGAAAGAGAGGUCCAUGACCAGCUCUUGCAGCUUCAUGCUCUUCAGCUGCAGCUUCACACUAAACAAGGCCAAGCUGAGGACUCUGACACCAUCAAGGACAGACUGCCAACACCACCAGUGGAAAAGUUGGAACAGGAGCUGGAGGCUAGUAAGAAGGAGAAGUUAGUAGAGGCAAGGCUGGAUACUGAAGUGAGACUAUAUAAGAAGGAAAACGAGGCCCUUCGCAGGCACAUGGCAGUACUGCAGGCCGAAGUGUAUGGCGCCAGACUGGCUGCUAAAUACCUGGACAAGGAACUGGCUGGAAGAGUGCAGCAGAUCCAGUUACUAGGCCGUGACAUGAAAGGGCCAGCUCAUGACAAGCUUUGGAACCAGCUGGAGGCAGAGAUUCACCUUCACCGUCAUAAGACUGUCAUCCGAGCAUGUAGAGGUCGCAAUGAUCCUAAGAAACCUCUCACCUCUCCGGUGGGGCAUGACCCAGACCUACUGAAGAAAACCCAGGGAGUAGGCCCUAUCAGGAAGGUGGUGCUAGUAAAAGAUGAUCAUGAGGGGCUGGGAAUCUCCAUCACAGGUGGGAAGGAGCAUGGUGUUCCCAUUCUAAUUUCAGAGAUCCAUCCAAGUCAGCCAGCAGACAGAUGUGGAGGUCUGCAUGUUGGAGAUGCCAUCCUUGCUGUCAACAGCAUUAAUUUGCGAGAUGCUAAACACAAAGAGGCGGUCACUAUUUUGUCCCAGCAGCAAGGACAGAUAGAGUUUGAAGUGGUUUAUGUGGCUCCAGAGGUGGACAGCGAUGAUGAGAAUGUGGAGUAUGAAGACGACAGUGGCCAUCGCUACAGACUUUACCUGGAUGAACUGGAGGACAGCAGCACAGCGCCAACUAUCAACAGUUCAGCAUCAUUGCAGGCACUGGAGAAGAUAUCACUGAGCAACGGAGCAGAGAAUGGAGAUACUGGGAUCUCCAGUGAGACACCUUCAGAGGAAAUAUCUUCAAAGCCCCCUGUGACUGACUGUUCCUACUAAAGGGCUCAGCGAAAGCAAUGGGAUUGGUUGGAAAAAUUCCUCUCUAAGAACUGAAUCAAAUUAAGUCCAUGAAGAGCCUAGUCAAGGAACACAGGAAAAUGGUGGUUGUGGGAUUAGGGCAUUUAGCCUUGGGUUGUGGCAAUGAUUAGGUGUUAAAGUUUAGCAGACAUGUUAGCUAUGUGAGUGAGAUUGUUGAUGAAUAAUGUCAAGCUUUUUUGGAGAUAUUUAAUGGAAAGAGUGGCGGAUAUUGCUAGGGAGGCCUUAUAUGAGAGAAGAGCAGAAGGUAGAUUUCACUAAGCUGUAUUGAGUAGGUACAGUUAAUCAAGGUUAAAAAUGCCAGGGAGACACUUCAAGAGACCCCAGGAGAGUGUAAAAUGUCUCAAAACCAAUUAAUAAAUUAUUGUAAUACAAGGCCAAGACUAUUAAUUCACAAU